ACGGGCCGGGCAGCCUCUGCCGCCGCCGCCGCUUUGUAAGAGGCACAUUGGCAGGUAACGAGCGGCGGCGGCGGCAGCGGCAGCGGCAGCAGCGGGUCCCGAGUCCAGCGAGAGCAGCAGCGAUUUUCUAUUUUGUGCAUACAUUAUUUUGUAUAUACUGUAUAUGAUGACUUCAGUGAGCAAUGACCGGUCCAGAGGUGCUCGGGAAAAACCACAGAUUUCAGUGACACAGACAACACAGCUACAGAAACAAGUGGUACAGGCAACAGCUGAACAGAUGCGUCUCGCUCAAGUGAUCUUUGAUAAAAAUGACUCAGAGUUUGAAGCUAAAGUUAAACAGCUUAUGGAAGUGACAGGAAAAAAUCAGGAUGAAUGCAUAGUGGCCCUACAUGACUGUAAUGGAGAUGUCAAUAAAGCUAUCAAUAUAUUGCUGGAAGGGAAUUCAGACACAACUUCAUGGGAGACGGUAGGAGGGAAGAAGAAGAAUUUUGGAAAAGACAGUUCAGAAAACAAAGAGAAUAGAGAGAAGAGAAGUGAGAGAGAAGCGAGUCGUGGACGUGGAAACAACCGGAAAGGAAGAGGUGGCAAUCGUGGGAGAGAGUUUAGAGGUGAAGAGAAUGGAAUUGACUCCAAUCAAGGGGACAAGCCUUCGGAUCGUGGCAAGCGAGCUCGUGGAAGAGGAUUUGGACGUGGCAGAGGGAGAGGGGCAGGAAGAUUCUCAACCCAAGGCAUGGGGACGUUUAAUCCUGCGGACUAUUCAGAUUCUCCAUCUAUAGAUGGGUGUGGGACAAAACCUAUAGUUUGGGAAGCUGUUCAGAAUGGUGCAGAUGAGGGAACUGGAGCCUGGAAGAAUUCUGUGGAAGAGUGGACGACAGAAGACUGGACUGAAGAUCUGUCUGAAACAAAAGUCUUCACUUCCUCAUCUGUCCCUGCAGAGAAUCAUGUCACACCUGGGCAAAGCGUUGAUCUGGUAGCCUUGCUCCAGAAGCCUGUUCCUCAAGCCUCAGAAGUCAACUCCUUUGAAAGUUCCCAACAGCAGGGCUUUGGCCAAGCCCUUGUCUUCACAAAUUCUCAGCACAACAAUCAGAUUGCACCAGGAAAUGGCAGCUCCACAACCGUCAACUCCUAUUCUCCUCAGAGUCUGUCAUCCGUCCUUGGUUCAGGAUUUGGAGAGCUUGCACCUUCAAAAAUGGCAAACAUCACCAGCUCCCACAUUUUGGACCAGUUGAAAGCUCCGGGCUUGGGCCAGUUUACCACCACCCCAAGUUCACAGCAGAAUAGUACGAGCCCUCCCACAACCACUUCUUCUUGGGACCUCAAGCCCUCAGCAUCCCAGUCCUCAGUCCUUAGUCAUUUCGACUUCAAAUCUCAGCCUGAACCAUCCCCUGUUCUAAGCCAGCUGAGCCAGCGACAGCAACACCAGACUCAGGCAGUCUCUGUGCCUCCUCCUGGGUUGGAGCCCUUUCCUUCCCAAGUGAAACUCCGAGAGUCAGCAUCCAGAGACAGCAGUGCCUCCACUGUGCACAAACUGUUGCAGCUUCCAAGUAUGACUGUGGAAAACAUGACCGUGUCUGCUCACCCACCGCAGCCUAAACAUGUCAAACUCCCUAAGCGGCGGAUGCCUCCAGCUUCUAAGAUCCCAGCUUCUGCGGUAGAAAUGCCAGGUUCAGCAGAUGUCACAGGAUUAAAUGUCCAGUUUGGAGCCUUGGAAUUUGGAUCAGAACCUUCUCUCUCUGAAUUCGGAUCAGUUGCAAGCAGUGAAACUAGUAGUCAGAUUCCCAUUAGCUUGUAUUCGAAAUCUUUAAGUGAUUCUUUGAAUACCUCUCUGCCCAUGACCAGUGCAGUACAGAACUCCACCUAUACGACUUCAGUCAUUACCUCCUCCAGUCUGACCAGCUCAUCGCUGAGCUCCACUAGUCCAGUGACAACGUCUUCCUCCUACGACCAGAGUUCUGUGCAUAACAGGAUUGCAUACCAAAGCUCUGUGAGUCCAUCGGAGUCAGCUCCAGGAACCAUCGCGAAUGGACAUGGUAGUCGAAGUCAGCAGACAAUAGACACUACUUCAUCCGUUCCAGCUCCAAAGACAACCGACCCUCCCUCCGCCCUCCCAUCCGCGGGCUCCCUGCCCAGCACCACCUCGUGCGCUCCGCUUCUGUCCUCUGCAUCCCAGCACACUGCCACUUUGCCCUCCUUGUCCCAGCCUGGUGACCUGUCCAGCAGCCCCCUCUCUCAGCUUAGCAGCUCCCUCUCUGGCCAUCAGAGCAGCCUCUCCUCCAGCACAUCACACACACACGCCAGCGUGGAGAGCGCCCCUCCCCUCCAGCCCUCAGCCACCUUCUCCACGGCAGCCACCUCUGCCUCGAGUGCCACGUCCUCAGGGCUCAGCCUGCCGAGCGGCAUGAACACAGUGAGCAGCCUCUGCCUGGGCGCCACCGCCGCCAGUGCCCCCAGCAGCAGUACCAGGGCCACGCCCUUGGUGACCUCAGGCAAAGCACCCCCCAACUUGCCCCAGGGGGUGCCUCCCCUGCUGCACAACCAGUACCUCGUGGGCCCUGGAGGACUGCUUCCUGCCUACCCGAUUUACGGCUAUGACGAGCUCCAGAUGCUGCAGUCCCGGCUGCCAAUGGAUUACUAUGGGAUUCCUUUUGCCACACCGCCAGCCCUGGCCAGUCGAGAUGGGAGCCUCACUAAUAACCCAUAUUCAGGUGAUGUCACAAAGUUUGGCCGAGGUGACUCUGCAUCCCCUGCGCCUGCCACCACGCUGGCUCAGCCUCAGCAGAGCCAGUCCCAGGCCCACCACACAGCCCAGCAGCCCUUUCUGAAUCCUGCGCUGCCCCCUGGCUACAGCUACACCGGCCUCCCCUACUACGCGGGAGUGCCCAGUGCCUUCCAGUAUGGGCCCACCAUGUUUGUCCCUCCGGCCUCAGCCAAGCAGCCUGGUGUGAGCCUCAGCACCCCCACGCCCCCUUUCCAACAGGCCGGUGGUUAUGGCCAGCACAGCUACAGCACAGGUUAUGACGACCUGACCCAGGGGACAGCAGCUGGGGACUACACCAAGGGUGGCUAUGGUGGAUCAUCGCAGGCACAAAACAAGUCUGCAGGCUCUGGGCCCGGCAAAGGAGUGUCGGCGUCUUCAAGCACCACUGGCCUCCCUGAUAUGACGGGUUCUGUCUACAACAAGACUCAGACUUUUGACAAGCAGGGGUUUCAUGCUGGGACCCCGCCCCCGCCGUUCAGCCUGCCCUCGGCCUUGGGCUCCGCUGGGCCCCUGGCCCCUGGAGCUGCCCCCGGUUACGUGCCCCCGCCUUUCUUGCACAUCCUGCCUGCCCACCAGCAGCCUCCUUCACAGCUGUUACACCACCACCUCCUGCAGGAUGCUCAGAGUGGCUCCGGCCAGCGCAGCCAGCCCAGCUCCCUGCAGCCCAAGUCGCAAGCCUCCAAACCUGCUUACGGCAACUCUCCGUACUGGACAAACUGAACCCUGAAGAGUGGGGUGGGCUGGGUGGGUCUUACCCUGGGCAGGAGAGAUCACACGGAGCCGGAGCCCCUUCCCAGAGCUCCUGAGACGUGUAACUGUGUCGGCCGAGCCUCUGUGGGGAGCCUGCCCCCAGACUCGCUCUUGUAUGUAAUGUAUUUAUGUAUGUAUUUGUAAAUGUGAGAAACGUCUUGGGGGAUUGUGGGGUGCAGCUGCUCCUCACGGCCGGACUGCUUCCCUCACUCAAGCCCCUUCUUGCUGUAGCAGAAUCACCCCCUCCCCACCUUCUGCCUUCAGGCCUUUCACACAGCCCCCUGGUGGGCAGUGUCUGGUUUGAGGCGGGUUGGGAGUUGGGGUCAGGUACCAAUGAAGAAUCACAACUUAUCUCCCUCCCCUGUAAACCAUUAUUUGCGUUUUCUUCCCUGUGUAAUUACUUUAUCCAUCUCUUUUUGAGAACCUGGACCUUUUGUUGUUUGUCAUGUCCCCCUUCCACCAAAUCUUGAUCUGGGAAUAGCAGAGAUACAUCCCCCAGUCCAGGAAGUGGCACCUGUUGUCUUCAUAUAGAACAGGAACUUUUGCUUCUGGUCUGGUCUUAUCCCCAGAGACUUGCCUUCGUCUGGCUGACCAUUUUAAAAAUAAUCUGAAUUUGCGCUCAGAGGUAUUCAGCCAUUCGGCUCCCCUUCUAAAUCAAAGAUUUGCUUUCAUCUCAGUGAGGGCCCGUCUCCAAGCCUGUCUCCUCGAUUCUGGUCGUCCUGAACAAGGCGGACGACUGUUUGAGAGGUUUUCUCUUUUGCCCAAACUCCACCUAAUAAAGUUCUGAGAGCAUG